AUGGCGCCGAAGCGAACAACCCGCAACCCGGAGCUCAUUCCCGGAGUCCGUAAGGUCUCCCGCUCGAGGAUGUACCACAAGCGCGGUCUCUUUGCGAUCAAGGCCAAAAACGGCGGCAAAUUCCCCCACCACGAGAAGGCCUCCGCUGCCGCUCCUGUGGCGGAGAAGCCCCCCAAGUUCUAUCCGGCGGACGACGUCAAGAAGCCGCUUCUCAACAAGCGGAAGCCUAAACCGACCAAGCUCAGGGCUAGCAUUACACCGGGGACGGUGUUGAUCAUUUUGACCGGGAGGUUCAGGGGGAAGAGAGUUGUCUUCUUGAAGCAGCUCACUUCUGGAUUGCUCCUAGUUACUGGUCCUUACAAGAUCAACGGUGUUCCUCUGAGGCGUGUGAACCAGGCCUAUGUAUAA